CGCACCCGCCUGCCAGCCCCCUUCCCCGCAACUGGUAAGGGAGCUUAACACUUGCCCCCUUCCUCACUAACGAGCCAAGGGUGGGCAGAGACUCCCGGCACCAAGCCCUGGUAACUAUCUAGAAGCAGGUCUGCUCUUCCUCACUGUGGAAUAGAGCCUCCUGGAGCUCCCUCAAUACCUGUUUAGGGGAGAGGCAUCCUCAGACCCCAGUUUCGGAGGGUUGUGAGAAUAACCCUUACCACCCGCUGCUACUGAGGAAAUUCCUUCCCCAGCUCUUCCCCAGACCAGAUAGUAAGAGGGGAGUCUUCACAGAAGAAACCCCGUAUGCCCAAGAGAGGCAGUUCCCAAGAUAGAAAUAAGCAGGAGCUCCAGAUACUUACCUAGUAAUUUUAAUUAUUUACAUCUGCUCACCAGGCAGCAGAGAAAGCAAAACAAGGGAGAGAAAGCAGAGGCAGAUUUAGAUAUUAUUCUUCCCUUUUCCAGUUGCUGUUAACCACGGGAGAUAAAGGUAAUUUCCAAUACUGACCUCAUCCUCCUUCAUCCCAAGGAAGAUCCCCCAUUCCCUAAUCCCAAGAGCGUUUUCUUCAGAUAUCCUGUGCAAGGAGAGAAGACACACCUCCCAGUUACAGGGAAAGGAAAAGGCAGAUUUCGCUGAUAAUAUCCACAGAGAUAGCAAGAAUUUUUUCAGAGAAAGAGAUUUGCCCACCCUUAAGGACAAGGUGCACCUAGAGGAAAGAGAAGAGAGAUUUACAGGUAGGGAGAUUGGGGAAAUUGAUCUCUGAAAUAAUCUGACAAUCGGUGAAAAGGCUGUCUCCCAGGGGAACACCCCUUUAGUAGUUAGCUGGCAAAAGGGAGAGAGGAUCUCCAUCCUGGGAUAAAACCAGCAGUUUUAGGGGACUGACAAUCCCAAGCAGAUUGUUUUAAUACUCAAGAUCCUGAUUUCAUCCACAAUCCCUUCGCCCUCAAAAUAUUUCUUGAAGAAGCUCUUGGAAUAGCUGACAGCAACGCUCUGAGGAUGGGUCUCGGAGAAGGCGUGUGAAGGGCAGCACCCCAGAAACCAGCACUGAAGAUAAUCCACCUCCCUCCAGAAAAUCUUCCAGACAGAAUACUCCUGCUUCCAGCAUCAUGGCCUCUGACCUGGAAAGCAGCCUCACUUCCAUAGACUGGCUCCCACAGCUUACUUUAAGGGCUACUAUUGAAAAAUUAGGGGGUUCCUCACAAGCAGGACCUCCAGGGGCUGCCCGAAAGUGUCCCCCAGGCUCACCGACAGAUCCCAAUGCCACCCUGAGUAAGGAUGAAGCUGCAGUGCACCAAGAUGGGAAGCCACGUUACAGCUAUGCCACUUUGAUCACAUAUGCCAUCAACUCAUCACCUGCCAAGAAGAUGACACUUAGUGAGAUCUACCGUUGGAUCUGUGACAACUUUCCCUACUACAAAAAUGCUGGUAUUGGUUGGAAGAACUCUAUUCGUCAUAACCUCUCCCUGAAUAAAUGUUUUCGGAAGGUGCCUCGACCGAGAGAUGAUCCUGGGAAGGGCUCUUAUUGGACAAUAGAUACGUGUCCAGAUAUAUCUCGCAAGAGGCGGCAUCCUCCAGAUGAUGACAUACCACAAGACUCCCCAGAGCAAGAGGCAAGUAAAAGCCCCCGAGGGGCUGUUCCAGUCAGCACAGAAGCCUCUUUGCCACCUGAGGCCACCCCUCAGCUGUCUCUCCAGAGCACUACCCCCAUUGCCAACUACAGUCAGCAGGGUGCAGGGCCUGUGGAUGUUGCCUCUACUGUAGCAGGGGGGCAGGGCCGUGAAGGGGCCGAUGUGCCACCCCCACUGUACAGUGCCAACCAUGAUUUCAAGUUCUCCUACUCUGAGAUCAACUUCCAGGAUCUUAGCUGGUCCUUCCGAAAUCUCUACAAAUCCAUGCUGGAGAAAUCAUCUUCCUCUCAGCACGGUUUCUCUUCUCUCCUUGGUGACAUGCAGCCCUCCAACCACAACUACUACAUGUACCAGCAGCAGCAGCAGCAAGGCCCCUCAUCAGUGGGUGCUGCUCCCCCACUCCACACUCCAACCCCAGAGGGUUGCCCAUCCCAAGGGGGAAAGCAGCAGGGUGGCGAAGGUUAUGGCCCUCCACCAGUGAUGUCCAUGCACCCCCCCCCAAUGCAGCAUGGAGGCUACCACCAGCAUCAACAACAUCACCCGCACUCCCACCCACAGCAGCAGCCACAUCAGCACCAGCAGCAGCAGCAGCAGUCACAGGCUUCAAUCAACAAUGCUGGCUUUGCAUUUCCCCCUGAUUGGUGCUCCAACAUCGAUUCCCUGAAGGAAAGCUUCAAGAUGGUAAACCGGCUGAACUGGUCUAGCAUUGAGCACUCCCAAUUCUCAGAGCUGAUGGAGAGUCUGCGCCAGGCUGAGCGGAAGAACUGGACGCUGGAUCAACACCAUAUUGCCAACCUCUGCGACUCCCUUAAUCACUUCCUUACCCAGACUGGUCAGCUCCCUCAUCUGAUUGGCCCGCAGCAGCCCCCCCGAAUCUCUGAUUCUUGUGCCCUGAACAGUGGCAAGCAGGAGCAAUCCAUGAACCAAGUGAACUCCUAUGGUCAGCCCCAGCCUCCCCAUCUCUUCUCCGGGCCAUCUCCUAUGUACCAGAUUUCCACCCAGGACUCUCCGGGAUAUAAUCGCCCAGCUCACCAUCUGGUCCCUCGGCCUCCAGGGCCUCCUCCAGGCGCCAAUGAGGAAAUCCCCGAUGAUUUCGACUGGGACUUGAUCACCUAGCGAGUUACAGACUUGAUAGCCCGUCCUUUGUGAAGGACGUGGGAGGGGAGGGGGACAUGGGGUGAAUGGUGCCAGCACCACCCUCCCCAGCCUCCCUGCCUUGCCUGUAUAUAGAUAUAUAUUCUCUAUCUCCGCCAGAGAAGCCACCGCAAGAUGCUGCCGAAGAUAAUCCUUCCUUGCGUCCUGUUUUAUCUUCUUUUUCUUCUUUUGUUUAUUAUUAUUGUUAUUAUUAUUACCAAUAAUUGAGCACAGCCCUCCCCCUCCUCUGGUGGCCUCGGACGCAUCAGAUCGGCUCUUUCGUGUUGUGUGGUGCCCUGUGGAGGGCGGAAAGAUGGGUCCUUGGUGCCACGAAAAGACCUCGGAAGGCUGAAUCCUCGAGUGCAUCUUUCUCUGCCUCCGUCAUUUUGCGUUUAACAAUCCCUCUUUCCCUUCAAGGUGGCCGGUGAAUCUGUCGUAUUGGCUACUGGAGUGAGAGAGCCUAGUGGACCCUGGGAGCCUGUAGUUAUGUUGUUUCGUAAAUGUUGUAAAGGUCAGGGGGCUAAAGGGACACUGGAGGGGUGAUCUUAGCUCUGUGAACUUUCUCGCACCAGCAGGAAAAGCAAGAAAAGAAGUAGAGUUCCCAAGUACAAAGAGAGGGUAAUCCCUGAGGUAGGGAGAGCGGAGCUGAGCUGGGAGGGUAGACCUGAGUUUGGAGAAAGGAGAAUGUAGCAGAGAUGGUAUUUCAGCAGAGAAGUUGGGUUUCAGAAUGCAGUGCCAUCUGUGAGGACUGAGAGAGAUUUUGAGGGAAUCCUGACCUAUUUUCUACACUGCCUUUUGCAGCCUCCAGGUGAAGCCUACAUACCUAUCAGGUAAAAGAAGCAGUCAGGGGUGUCACAUGUGAUUCAGCAAAUUCUGUUCCCCAGAGCUUUUAAUUUCACCCCCCACCCCUUCAAGCCCUUCUUCAAAAUAUGUAGUGAGGCUCUUACUUGCAUAUGCAAAUUUGGAAGUUUUCUCUAUCAGUAUUUGUUCAGUUGUUAUUUGGCCCUCUGCCCCUCGUAUUUCAUUGGAGACUGUCCUUGCCUGUGGUUGGAGAGUGCCAGCAACAGGAGUCUUGUUGCGUAGGUGCAAAUUCUCAGUCAGCAGUUCCCACUUUGUGAAUGGGCUAAUGGUGGGAAGAGGAAGCUGCUGCUCAGAGUGGAGCUGAAUUAGGGGACUUCUGGUCAAGGGGCUGGACCCUCUGGUCAAGUAACUGGGAGGCCCUCACAAGUGGUUUUUGUAAGAGAUGCAUUAGAAGAGAGAGGACGAAGUGGGGCAGGUUUUUAAACCGAACAGCCAAAGAGUAUCGUAUAAAAGGGAGGAGGGUGGGUCAGGCCCCUUGCAGUUCAGCUGGGGAGAUGGUGGAAUCUGGUGUAAAUCCCGAAGGAUGAGUUUUGUCAGCACUUGCAAAUAGGAAGGUGGAAAUGGUGCAGGAGCAGGAGUGAGUGUUGAGAUGCUUCCUCCCCAAAGCUGUGUCCUGCGUUCCCCUUUUUUCUGGUAUGGUUCUGUUCUGUCAAACCUCGUUUCCUCUUAUAUUUUGUAAAGCCUCCCCCCAGCCCUUAUAUUCCCUGUUUACCAGUGAAGGGAACCAAGAUAACACAUCAUGGCCGCUUGACAGACCUAGGGCAGGGGAGCAAUAACCUCUACUCUGACUGCAGGAAGGUGGGGAACUGGCAUUGCUUUUUAAAUUUGUUGUAGGGAUAAACCAAUUGGAUCUUUGUCAGGGAAGUGGACAGAGUCUCAUUGUAUUGGGGGGGGGAACUUUUUUUCUUUUUUUUUCUUUUUUUUUUCUUUAAGUGUGUGUUUGGGGGGGAGUUCGUCAUUUGAGUGUUUCCAAGAGAAAUGAGGAAUCCCAGAGCCAACUUCAGUACGGGGUCAGCUGUUAUCUCUGCUGCCUCAGGAUGGGAAUGAUACAGCUUGGAAGCAUGCGUGAUGGGUUUCUGUGGAAAGUGGCACCGGAGACAGCCAUGAGAGACAACCUCUGGUAGGUGCCAGUUAGUGCUUUGCAGAGGAUGUUACUGAGACCUGGCCCUGGGGAAGUCUGAAAACACCAGAAGAAAAACAAACCAAGAUGGCUCCUUCUGCGUAUCCAAGUGCUCCUCAUUUGCAUAUUUGCCUCAUUUGCGUAUUAAGUUGUGCCUCAUUUGCAUAUGUAAAUACAUGCCGGUCAGUGUGCAAAUUAGCCUCGUUCCUCUGCCCCUGAAAUAAAUGUGCGUUGUUAGUGCGUGGGAAGGCAUCGGGUGGGUGGUGUGGAGCUCUGCAGGGUGUGCGAGUACCGGCCUGCAGGGAGGGGAGGGAUGCCGGCCUGUCCCAGAGAGGGGUUCUUGCAGGCCCCUCCAGCGCGGUGUGGCCCCCCGUGCUUUGUGUCAGUGGUCAGGGAGAGAGGGGCGUGGUCUCACGAGUUUAUUUUUGUGCAUGCUUUCUUAAUAAAAAGAAAAAGUGAAUGUUUAUGGUUUAA